AGAUCUGACUCUUCUGCGUCUCCUUCUGUGACGCUGUCAGCCUCGUCUCAUGCCUCUCGUUUAUCAGUCCACCGUUCAUCAUAUUUUGCUAAAAAAGAAACUCAUUAGUCACUUUAUAUGAGCGUAGGUGGAAAAACCAAUAUACUUCCCUCCAAUAUGCACCUGCAUAGGUGAGACGCAAAAGUGGAAGGGAGGAUAACUUUUAUUUAAUAAUAGCUCUUUUUUUUUGUUGGGCUGUACACUUCUGCCUGGCAGAUCGCCCUCCGAUGCAAUUAACCCAGGAAGACGACUUUGUGAAGGACUCCACGCCGACCACCGCAGCACUCCAGCCGGACAGAAGCGCCGGAUCUCCGGCCAAGAUGUGCAGCGAGUGCUACGUCAAUCAGUCAUUUGUGAACGACGACGGGACCGUGAGCGCCCAUAAACCCCGUCCUGCCACAGCACCACUUCAGACUAAUAGCAACUGCAGCAGUGGAGUUAUCCUAGACAUCUCCUCACUGAAGAUGGAGCAGCUGGAAAGCGAGGUCCCUCCGCUGCCGCCCCGUUUUCGCUUUAGAGAUUUGCUGCUUGGGGACCAAAACUUCCAGAAUGAUGACAGGGUGCAGGUCGAGUUUUACGUGAAUGAAAACACCUUCAAGGAGCGUCUGAAGCUUUUCUUCAUCAAAAACCAAAGAUCAAGCCUAAGGAUUCGCGUUUUCAACUUCUGCCUGAAGCUACUAACCUGUCUGCUGUACAUCAUCAGAGUGAUGACAGACAGACCUGGUCAGACAGGUGGAAGCCACAGCUCGCUGCAACAAAGCACUCCAAAUGGCAACAGCAAAUGUGUCGACUGUCAGUGGAAUGGAUCAGUGCAGGACAGAGAAAUCAACUGGGACUUGAUCUUCUGGGUGGAGAGGAAGGCUCCAGUCUGGGCCAUUCAAGUGAUUGUGGCCAUCAUUAGUUUCCUGGAGACUAUGUUGCUCAUGUAUCUGAGCUACAAGGGGAACAUUUGGGAACAAAUAUUUCAGGUGUCCUUUCUUCUAGAGAUGCUCAACACUGUUCCCUUCAUUAUUACAAUCUUUUGGCCUUCGAUAAAGGACAUCUUCAUUCCUGUGUUUCUCAACUGUUGGCUGGCUAAAUGUGCUUUAGAAAACAUGAUUAAUGAUGUUCACAGAGCAAUCCAGAGGACAAACUCGGCCAUGUUCAACCAGGUCAUCAUUCUCAUUUGCACCCUGCUGUGCCUCGUCUUUACUGGCACAUGUGGGAUUCAGCACCUGGAGCGAGCCGGCCAAAAUCUCUCCCUCUUCAAUUCUUUUUACUUCUGCAUUGUCACCUUCUCCACUGUGGGAUUUGGAGACGUCACACCGCGCAUAUGGCCCUCUCAGCUGCUUGUAGUCAUCAUGAUCUGUGUGGCUCUGGUGGUGCUUCCUCUCCAGUUUGAGGAGCUGAUCUACCUGUGGAUGGAGAGACAGAAGUCUGGAGGGAACUACAGCCGCCAUAGAGCUCAGACGGAGAAACACGUCGUUCUUUGUGUCAGCACACUCAAAAUAGACCUACUCAUGGAUUUUCUCAAUGAAUUUUACGCACACCCCAGGCUGCAGGAUUACUAUGUGGUGAUCCUAUGCCCAAGUGAAAUGGACCUCCAGGUGCGAAGGGUGCUGCAAAUUCCCCUGUGGUCUCAGAGAGUCAUCUAUCUGCAAGGGUCUGUUCUCAAAGACCAGGAUCUCCUCAGAGCCAAAAUGGAUGAUGCAGAGGCUUGUUUCAUCCUGAGCAGUCGUAAUGAGGUUGAUCGCAUGGCAGCGGACCAUCAGACCAUCUUGAGAGCUUGGGCUGUAAAAGACUUUGCUCCAAACUGUCCUCUUUAUGUCCAGAUACUCAAACCGGAAAAUAAGUUUCAUGUUAAAUUUGCAGAUCAGGUUGUGUGCGAGGAGGAGUUCAAGUAUGCUAUGUUGGCUCUCAACUGUGUGUGCCCUGCCACUUCCACCUUGGUCACGCUCCUGGUGCACACCUCCCGUGGACGAGAAGGACAGCAGUCUCCAGAGCAGUGGCAGAGGAUGUAUGGAUGUUGCUCUGGCAACGAGGUCUACCACAUCAGACUGUGUGACAGCAAGUUCUUUGGAGAGUAUAAUGGCAAAAGCUUUACCUACGCCUCCUUUCAUGCUCACAAGAAAUAUGGUGUCUGUCUCAUUGGUAUAAAGAGGGAGGAAAACAAAAGCAUUCUGCUGAACCCUGGUCCACACCACAUCAUGGCUGCCACAGAUACCUGCUACUACAUCAACAUCACCAAAGAGGAGAACUCAGCUUUCAUCUUCAACCAGGAGGAGAGAAAAGGACGUCCUGUCGGAGGAAUCUACGAUGGGCCCUCACAGCUUCCUGUGCACAGCAUCAUUGCAAGCAUGGGUACUGUGGCCAUUGAUCUUCAAAAUGCAAGUCCACCCACCAUGUCAGGGGGCAAACUGGUCCCAUCUGCUGUAAAUGGUACUGGCAGCCGCCGACCCAGUAUUGCUCCAGUCCAAGAAAUUGCUGAUUCUGCCUCCAUCUUGCCAUGUGACCUCUUAAGCGACCAGUCAGAAGAUGACACUGUCUUUACAGAGGAAAAGGGUCGCUCCCCCACUGAGUAUGUGAAAGGUUAUCCUCCCAACUCUCCGUACAUUGGGAGCUCGCCCACCUUGUGCCAUCUGUUAGCUGAAAAAGCACCAUUUUGCUGCCUACGAUUAGACCAGGGCUGUAUGCACAACAGCUUUGAGGAUGCUAAGGCAUAUGGCUUUAAGAACAAGCUGAUCAUUGUGUCGGCUGAGACUGCAGGAAACGGUCUCUAUAACUUCAUAGUGCCUCUCAGAGCUUAUUACAGAGCUAGAAAGGAGCUGAACCCCAUUGUCUUACUGCUGGAUAACCCCCCUGAUAAUCACUUCCUGGAAGCCAUUUGCUGUUUCCCAAUGGUGUACUACAUGGCUGGGUCCAUAGACAAUCUGGACAGUCUGCUCCAGUGUGGAAUUAUAUAUGCGGAUAACUUGGUUGUGGUUGAUAAAGAGAGUACAAUGAGUGCAGAGGAGGACUACAUGGCUGAUGCAAAAACUAUUGUCAAUGUACAAACUAUGUUCAGGCUAUUUCCAAGUCUCAGUAUUAUCACUGAGCUUACACAUCCAUCCAACAUGAGGUUCAUGCAGUUCAGAGCAAAGGACUGCUAUUCGCUGGCUCUGUCAAAGCUGGAAAAGAAAGAGCGAGACAAAGGCUCCAACCUGGCCUUCAUGUUUCGCCUGCCCUUCGCUGCAGGCAGAGUGUUCAGCAUCAGCAUGUUGGAUACCCUCCUCUAUCAGUCUUUUGUAAAGGACUACAUGAUUGUUAUUGCUAGACUUCUGCUGGGACUGGACACCACUCCUGGAUCAGGCUUCCUUUGUGCUAUGAAAAUAACAGAAGAGGAUUUAUGGAUUGGUACCUAUGGGAGACUCUUCCAAAAACUUUGCUCCUCUAGUGCUGAAAUUCCUAUUGGCAUCUAUCGUACAGAGUCCCACAUUUUCACCACUUCAGAGUCCCAGGUAUCAAUGAGUGUAGACGACUGUGAAGACACAAAAGAAAGAGGGGACGAGUCUCGCAGCAAUGACCCAUCAGAUUACCCCCUGCUGAGGAAGAAGAGUAUGCAAUGGGCACGGCGUCUCAGUAAGAAAAGCGUGAGGUGGCAGGGAAGCAGCCGAGACUCGAGUAAAGACCACGCGCAGCGCAUAGCUCAGCAGCGUCUUAACCUCUACAGACGGUCUGAGAGGGAAGAGCUGUCUGAGCUGGUCCGUAACCGUAUGAGGCAUCUGGGCCUUCCCACUUCUGGAUACGAUGAUCUGACAAAUCUGACAGCCAGUGAUGUCAUGAACAGAGUCAAUUUGGGAUAUUUACAAGAUGAGCAGAAUGACCACCAGAACACUUUGUCCUAUGUACUCAUCAACCCUUCUCAUGACACCAGACUGGAGAUCAAUGACAUUGUAUAUUUGAUACGUUCUGACCCUCUGGCGCACGUUCCGGAUGAGCCGCCCGUCCACAGCAGUAGCCUAAAAGAGAGACAGGAGUCCAGAGAGGACACCCCACUCUGACAUAAUGCUGACUUUUAACCGAGAUGGCCUCCUUUCAGUUGGAAUAUAAAGAAGACAAUUUGGUCUUUGGUUCCUUUAGUGUUGAAACCCACAAAUGUAUAAUGUGAGUGCCUACUGCCUGUCUGAUCCCAUUGGAUAUCAUGUUUGCAAUUUUACUCAUCUUGCUUCAAAUGCUGUACAUACAAAAGCUUCAUCAAGUCUAAAUACCGUAGACUUAUUAGAUGUGUAUCUACAGUUUACCUAAGACUUACAUUGUUGAAACAUAGGGUACCACAGGAGAGUAAGACAAUGACAGACAUCUGCUUAUACAGUUCUCAGCAAAAAAAUCGAAAAUAUUUAGGCUUUAAGUUGUCUUUUGACUUUCCAUGGUUGACACAUUUGUCUGUUUAAAAGUCUGCUAAACUCAAACAACCCUAAGUGACUUAAAUAAAAAUGAGCAUUAAAGUUUCAGAUGUUUAUUUUGUAGCUAAAAUUUAAUUUAAUUAGUGCCAAUAAGGACUAUGUUAAUGGGUUAUGUAUGUAUAUAAUGAUGCUAGUUAUUUCUGUUUGUUUCCUUUGUUUAAAGUGUUAUUUUCCUGAGGACUCUGCAGCUUUAUUAACAGGUUGAGAUUGAUCUUUAGUAUUCUAAAGUACUUUUUGUUGUGUUUUUUUUUUUUUUUCUUUUUUUUUUGUGGGUUUGGGCAUGCACUCUUUGGUGUCGUGCAUGUUUUAGAGAAUCGAAACUAUUUCCCAUGAAGUAUUUUCUAUAAAUGUAAGUCCUUUAAAUAAGAGGCCUAAAUGUCUGCAGAUCUCGCCAGUACUAUGAAACCUGCUGUGAUUUCAAAAGCUGUUUUGAAUUGUGUUUUCAUUCAUUAAUGGAGAAAAUCAUUUUAAGGUUUACCAACCUUUGCAGCAACAAGUUAUACCUUACCUUUUUCAAUAGCCGGUAUUCUGUCUUUUACACCACUGCAGAGGAAUGUUGACGCCCUCCUCUUAGCAGACAUGUUUUAAUUCAGCCUUAAUGGUUUCAAACUAAUAAACAUUCUCCCUCAGGAUUGUCUGUUAGAUAUUAGAAUACAUGGUUUUAGCUGUUAAGAAAUGUUAUAUUACUUUGGCUUGAAAAGUAACUUGCACCUUUAAAAAAAUUCAACAUUUCUCUUUUAUAGAUAGAUACAGAUAUUUUCUACCCUGUUUUGGGGACAAUCAAGAAUUUUGUGAGACAGGUCCUUUGUGUUUGUUUCAUUCAGGAGUCUUUUUGACCUUAGAACUUUGCCAUCCAUAGAACUUCCAUUCUCUUUCUUACAUUUGCAAACUAAACAACACAGACCUUGAGGCAAUCGAGGCCUGCCAGGCCUGAGCUGUCCUUCUUUUUGCGACCCUCCUGAUGUGUUUCAGCUUUGCAGUAAUUUUGUAGUCCCUGAGAAUCCUCCCCUUUAAUUCAUUUUGUCUCCAGUUGUAGUUUAUGGAUCCAACCAUGGUUCUCCAAAGCCCCAAAACCUUAUAAAUUGCUUUAUAUUUCAAAUUCUAAGUACCGUCUUGAUUCUACAUGUCAGCCAGUAAAUAAGUUUGGUUCUGUUAUUAAAACUAAAGCUAAAUUUUUUUUAUAAAUAUUUAGUUUACAUACUAUAAUUUACUUGAUCUGAAAUAUUUAGGUGACCAUCUUUAUCUGUGCAUCGCCAAUCAGCUGUCUUGUUAAAGUAGGUUACUUCUCUUUUCCUUACCUUGAAGGAGAGAAAUCCAGCAGUCAGUCUUAUAAGUGGCAUGCAUGUUAAGCAGCAGGCUGCCAAAGCAGUUAGCCUGUCUGACUAAUAAGCUAAAAUUAACUUGUUAAGCAAACUCUUAUUAGAUCAAGAGAAUCUCUAUUAAAGCUUUACCUGAAAAUCGAUAUAUAACCGAUAUGUUUGUUAUACUGUAACCAUAGCCACCUAUAUAUUAUUUUAGCCACAAAAUAAUGACUGCUUCCCUGUUUUAAAUGUAAACAGUUUAAUUGUUAUACAUUUUUUAUUUAUGUAAAUGCAGUUAGAAUCUGUAAAGGGGUCCAUGCCCAUUUCUCCUACUAUAAUCUUAAAGCCCCAUGUUGUGAUUGCUUGACAAAAGUGUGUAUCUCUUUUUCCAUUUCAGUGUUGACUCAAUUUGUACUUAAACAUAGCUUUAUGUGCACAUUAAAGUGCUUGAAAAUACAUAGAGUGGUUUGAGUUGUGUUCCUUUUAUACUCUGUUCAUUUU